AUGACUACUAAGAAGGAACCCAGGGACUAUUGGUUGCUGAAUUGCUAUGAUGUGAUGAUUGUAGAAAACAAAAGUAAACUCAUUUAUCCUGUUAAAGAAGGCGUCAGUACUAUACAGUAUUACGUCACAGACUCAGAGUUAUUUCACGAACUUCAUGAAGCUUAUUUGGCUAUUGGACACAGAGGACGUGAUAGAAUGUUGAAAGAACUUUCAACCAAAUACAAAAAUGUUACACAUCAUGAUAUUGAACUAUACAUCCACCUUUGUGAACCUUGCCAGAAAAAACAGAAAGGUAUUAAAAAGGGCAUUGUUGUGAAACCUAUGAUUUUUUCCGAAUUUAAUUCCCAUUGUCAGGUAGAUUUUAUUGACUUUCAGUCUCAGCCAGAUAGAGAAUACAAAUUUAUUAUGGUGUACCAAGAUCAUCUCACAAAAUUUGUGAUUCUUAAGUCUCUAACGUCAAAAAGAGCUGAAGAAGUAGUCUACAACCUAGUGGACAUAUUCUCAUUGCUUGGAGCGCCAUCUAUAUUACAGUCGGACAAUGGUAGGGAAUUUGCCAAUAAUGUGGUGACCAGCUUGAAGGAGUUUUGGCCAGCACUGAAGAUCGUCCAUGGGAAGCCUCGCCAUUCACAAAGCCAGGGUAGUGUCGAAAGAGCUAAUCAAGAUAUCGAAAAUAUGCUCUGUACUUGGAUGCAGGACAACAAAUCUGACCGCUGGAGUGAAGGACUGCGUUUCGUUCAAUUUAUGAAAAAUAGAGCUUAUCAUUCUGGGAUCAAAAGAACACCAUACGAAGCUCUUUUUGGCUGCAAACCUAAAGCAGAGCUUACAACGUCUUUUCUACCAGAAGAUGUUUUAAAAGACAUAAAUACAGAGGAGCAGCUAGAAAAAGUAAUAGAAAGCGUCCAAACAAUGGAAAAAGGUGAAACUAAUCAGAUUAUGCAAGAAAAAGAGCCUGUUUUAAAAAACAUGGAUGAGAUUAUAGUCGAUAGGGGAUUAAACCAACAUGAUGAAGACAUGCUUACCGAAGAGAUUUCUGUUUCUGAUACCUGUUGUGUGUGUUUAAAGGAAACGAGUGAUGCACUUGCAUGCAAAAAGUGUCGUCAAAAAAUUCAUACCUUCUGUGGCCAUGCUAGUAAAGAUGAUGAAAUGGAUAUUUUGUGCACCCUUUGUUUCAAAACUGAAAAUGCUAUUGAAGGUAAAAUAAAUUCUAAAAUCAAUCUGGAAAUACAAGCCAAAAAAAUGAAAAUGAAUUCGGAAAAAAAAUUUCCCACUGCUUCUUUGGGAACUACUGUGCGAGUUUCUAUUCCUGACGUCGACAAGGGGCAAGGUGAUUCGCGCAAUAUAUUGGCAGUUGUAAUGAGUGUGACAGAGGAUGGUUUCUACCGACUUGGAACUUCUGAAGGAAUUUUAAAACAAGUAUAUGCGAGAUCACAAUUCACUUUAUGCCCUAAGAACUUGCUUAGAAUUGAAGAUAUUCCUGACCAUGAAAUUCCUCUCCGGUCAGUUGCAAUUGCUCAGAUCAGUGGAAGCGGCCAAGGAUUCGUCAAAUUGCAUCUCAUACACUUGCUUGAAGGGGCGGGACUACUGGAGAAGCCAGUAAAAAAAAGACCUCCAAGAUCAGCAUUCACAGACACAGCACUUAAUGAGCACUUUGGCAGUAUCUCCAAGCUUUCACCCAUUUGCCCAGCCAUCUCUGCCUUAGGGGCAACUUGUAUGCCCACUAUCCAAGAGCCCUGUGAAGCUCAUUGGCGACCUCAUACCGAGGAAAGAAGGACUUUAGCAGCCAGAAGACAUGUCCAAAGUGCUCUAACAUGGUGA